AUGACAUCCAACGACAUGACCAACGCGGGCGCCAUUUUUAAUGCAGACGCCAUUUACAUUUCCACAUACGCUGCCCUUUCUUUAAAUCUAUUUCUUCUGAGGAAUGGCGGCUACGCUUCAUCUGCUCAUAGUUGCCAAAUACGGAUAACUGAGAAUGCUUAUGACUCGAUGUAUCCUUUUGGCAUGUUGCCAUCACACCACACUAACAUGUUCCGUAUAACCUGGAAUAGAGGAAUCGGGCUCAGUUCGGCCGAUACGGUUGCUACAACAGCGUAUUGCGAAUGCAGUACGUUGGAGGGUGGCGUUGGAACCGUUGUGGUUAUUUGUCCAAAAACAAGCUUUGCUCCCAAGUGGACUUGGCUAUCUUGGCUAGUUCUUGUAUUCCAUAAGUCAGCCUUUAUUGAGUCCGUCUUGGGUUGCGGCCUUCUGCUUUACCUGCCUGAUAUCUGGCUUUCUGAGCUAUACUGUUUGCUGCUUAAACAGGACCUACUCUCGUUUGCGGGCCUCUGUCUGGACGAGGUUGUGCCGCACUUUCAGCGCCAACAGUUAUACCACAUGCGACAGCAUCCUCCUCAUCCUUGGUCGGGGCAGCACAGCCACCGGCUUGCUAGCUGGGACUCGUUGCCGUCGUGGGGCAAUAUCAAGCAGAAUAUGAACACCACCUGUGGCACUCCAACCCACUGUUUGAAACUUGGCGAUGAGCCCCUCGGCUUCUGUCUGUUUAAUCUGCUCACCGAGUUAAACAGCUUCACUUGGUCGAUUCACGCAGACUGCUGGCCUUUUAACGCCGUUGACUAUGACUUGGCUGAAGGUGGCCCGCCUAGGCAACUCGGCAUCGACCGUACUGCCGCGGUAACUGCUUCCGAGGCCGGUCGACGACUUGCCCGUUGUCUGCUGCUAACCGGCUGGUCGGGAAUUGUCGGUUGUCUCUUCAGUCUCGUUAGUGAGGCCGCCAGCCGGGGACGGUGUACAGCCUGGGCUCCGCGUCUGGCCCGACUCCUGGCAGGCCUCGGAUCUGGCCCCAUUAGCAGCGGGGCCGGUCCUGUUGCCGGGACCUCUACUGGCACCGGCGCACGGCGUAAAGAUACCAAUGCAACAGACUUGGCAGUCCAAGCUGGACAAGGCCAGAGCGCUGGACUGCGGCUGGGCAUCACUCGCAAUUCACCUCAUGAACUGACUAGUCUUCAUGACGAAGCAGCAUAA